CCUGUGAUCUCCGUAUGGAGCAGAAGAAGACGGGACCGCUCGAGUGGGCAGAGAGCAGUGAGUCUCACAUGGAGACGAGUGAUCAGUCCACCAUCUUCAGACUAAACCAAACUUCAGAUGAUCGCAGUGAAGUGUACGCGAGCUCAGAGCGAUGGCUGGAGGACUGUGGACUGACUGUCUCUCGCCCCUUCUCUCUCUGCAACACUCGUCCUGUAUCUGAAAGAGGAGAUGUGCUGAGCAAACAGAUGCACGUCAGCAGCGAGUCACUGGCUGACUUUGAGGAACAGCUUUACAUUGCCAUUGAGAUGUACCACGACCGAAUUAAGUGGCUCAGUCAAGGAAACCGAAAGGUGUUCGGGGUGGUGAACGGAUCCCGAGUCGGAGUGCUUGUCGACACAUCUGAUUUCAACGCCUCUACAGAGAGACUCGGAGAUCUACAGCGAGAGCUCUUAACUCUCAUUGAGGAGCAACUUUGCUUCAAAAACCAGCUGUAUCUACUGUCCUACAGCUCGGAGGUCAGCAGCCUUUGGGACAAACCACUAGAUAUCAGCCCACUAAGGCUCAGGGAGUGUUAUGCGUGGGUCAUGCAGCUUCGUGCGAGUGGAGGCUGUGAUCUCCUACAAGCGAUACAGAGGGCACUGACCCACUCACAGCUGGACACGCUGCUCAUCAUCCAGGGCGAUCGGCCUGAUCAGAUGGUGGAGGUUAUAUGUGAUUGUUUAGCUGUGAAGCCAACGCCCUGUGUUCAUGCGGUCGCCUACAACUGUAGCAGUCCCGCCACCAUCGAGACUGUGAAGCGAAUGGCAGACGUUUCUGGAGGGAGAUAUCACCUGUUUUCCGCUGCACUGGGCGUGGUGGACAGCAGUACAGAUGUAGAUCUGCUGUGGGAGGAGAUUAAAGCAGCUCGGGAUGUUCUUACCCAAAUUCAGGACAUGCGUCAGGGUCGAGUCGGACACACAGCUGUUGAGUCAGAGAUCUCCAGGGGUUUGGACAGUCUCACUGUUUCUGAGUCCAGUCCUGUAAGUUGUGCUCUCGCUGGUCCGCUGCGCAUCAAACCCGCGGGUCGAGCGUCCAGCAGCUCCAGAGACUGGCUGAAGACCCACGGCCUCAAGGCUCAGAAGCUGGAUCUCUAUCAGCUGCUGGCUCGCGAUGCCUAUUCUCAGCAAGAGACGUUUGUGCCAAUCUUGGGAAAGACUGUUUCCUCUACCGUUCACGAGCGGGUCAUGGUUCAGUGUGACUGGCAUGAUGGAACAGUGAAGAAUCUGCAUGUUGAUCUUCCAUCACUGCAAAAGUAUCAGAAGCGUCUGAUGGGGGCUGUGUGUCUGUUUGAGAGGAGAGUGGAGUGGCUGAACGGGACGGCCAGCCGGCAGAUUUGGGGAACCGUGUGUGAGCAGAGGGUCCAGGUUGUUCUAGACAUGUCUGGGAUGAACACACACUACCAGCUGCACAUCCAGUACGCUCUCCGGAUACUCCUAGAGGAGCAGCUGGCGGAUACACACAGCUUCAAUGUCACUGUGUUUGGAUCAGAUGUGAAGUCGUGGCAGGAGAAGAUGGUUCCCUCCACCCGUGAAAACCUCCAGGCUGUUUGGCAGUGGGUUCAGGCGUUAGAGUGUGUGGGGGGUCGUGAUACUCUGGCUGCUCUCCGGCGCGCUCUAGAGGAGGAACCGCAGGAAGAAGAAGAAGCGUCUCUGACUCGUGGCGUUUACCUCUUCACCACCGGCACGCCUGAUCAACACUCGGAAUCUGUCACUGAUUAUGUGUCUGAGCGCUGCAUCGUUUCAAACCUGAAGCUCCACGUGUGCCUGUUCACCGGAGAAGAGGAAAGCGUUCGCUGUCCCGCGCCGCGUCACGCCACACGGGCCCUGAGCCGCCUGGCACACGCGGGCCACGGGCGCUUCCUCUGGACCACCGAGACUGGCAUCGUGGAGAGUGAUGACAUCAGUGCCCUAAUUGGAGAAAUGGAGACGGCCGCUGAUUAUUGUCAGAAGUGCUCUGAGCUACUGGACUCUCUGAUCCAGAAGGGCUCCGGCAGAGGUUCAGGAGAAGCGAAUUCCUCAUCCCUCAAACCCCAGGCCUGGACCCGCAACGCAAAACUGCCGUGUCCCAGACCCACGACACUCAGCCUGGCUAGACUGGAAGGCAGGCAGAUGAGCAGGUCGGCACAGAACGGGUCGGCUUGGAGGGCGAACAGCUCUAAAGCAGAAAUCCCAGCAGUGCAGUCAGCUGAUUUCAGCACACCAGCUGGGCCGUCAAAGUCUGCUGAUCAGAGGAGAACCAUUGUGUCUCAGUCGGUCUUCUUCAUGGAAGACGGCAACUUCGGUGUUGUCUUCAAGAAAUAUCCAAAACCCAAGAGUGUGCGUAAGUCUAUCAACACCAUUAAACUGCCGAAACAUGAAGACAUCUGUUCAACUAAACAGUGGCUGAAAAGGUUUGGUAUAAAGAAUCUGAAGUUGGACCUUCACAAACUGAUAUCUGGGCCUGAAUGCUGCCAUCACAACAAACUGGUGCGGUCCGUCCAGAAGCGAGUGUCUGCUAAAUACUGCGGCAUAUUCCCGAGUGUCCUCCUCAAUGGGGCUGUGAAACACCUGCAUCUGACUCCUGGAGAGUUAAAGCACUACCUCAGUCAGACGGAGAAACUGAUGCAGCGAUACAGCAGAAGACUGGAGUGGUUACUGACAGGCAGCAGGCGGAUGUUCGGAUCCGUGCUGGAGAAGGACGUGUGUGUUCUGCUGGAUGUGUCCGGAUCAAUGGCCUCGUUCCUCCCUGAACUCCAGAAGGGACUGACCACACUGAUCUGGGAUCAGCUGCAUGCCAACAGCGUCAGGUUUACGAUGCUGGCGUUCUCUGAAGGGGUGUGUGUGUGGCAGCCGGCGCCGGUGGAGUCCAGUGAGGAUCAGUGUGUGGAGGCAGUGCAGUGGUUGAGUCGACUCACUCCACACGGGCCUUCACACACACUGCAGGCACUGCAGGCCGGCUGUGGUUUGUCAGAUGAUGUUGGUCUGUAUCUGAUCUGUGAUGGAAGGAGUGACUCGAGCCACAGUCUAAUACUGAGAGAGAUCGAGACCCUGAGACGAGAGAAGAGCUUCACCGUCCACACCGUCGCACUCAACCGCCAUGACAGAUCGGGCAGUGAGUUUCUGAAGUGUCUGGCCCAUAAAACAGGAGGCCGAUUCCAUCAGGCUCCUGAAAACACAGAUCCGGAUCUGAUCGGGAAACUGCUGUCAGACGCAGAUCCAGUGCUUCCAACAUUUGAGGGGGACGAUCUGAGGAAACUAUCAGAAGAGAUUGAGAAGCUGAGAUUGUUCCAGAAACAAGCUAAAUCUUUCAGGGAAACUAUUCUGGGGUCGAGGAACCUGGAGGGAACGUAGACGCUGAUCUCCAUGCAUGUUCAAAUCACUUUAU